AUGACUGGACAUCUGUUUGCAGAGCACCCAGACACCCUGAAGUUGUCUAAGUUCGCAGGCAUCGCCGCGGGCGACCUGUCAGGGAACGCAGCAGUAGCUGCCCACGGGGCCACUGUGCUUAAGAAGCUGGGUGAGCUGCUGAAAGCUAAAGGUGACCACGCUGCCAUCAAGCUCCUGGCAACCACCCACGCCACCAAGCACAAGAUUGCCCUCAACAACUUCACGCUCAUCACUGAGAUCAUCUGUAAAGUGAUGGGUGAGGAGGCAGGGCUGGACGGGGCAGGACAGGAAGCUCUGAGGCAGGUGAUGGGUGUGAUCAUAGCUGACAUCGAUGUCACCUACAAGGAGCUGGGCUUUGCUGGCUAAAUGGUUUACCUCAAUGACGCUGGUUUGCUUGUGACUUCCAGAAAAACUUACUGGAAAAGUGUGAGGCAAAGCAUUUCUGCAAAUUCUACAUUUCUCUAUACAGUAUAUUGCCUUAAUCUACCCUUUCAUUGUAGUUUGCUUACUGAAUGUAAGCUGUUCCUCUUUUCACUAAACCAAUAAAUGUUCCAUCAGCUGCAAAUGA